AUGUCGGACACAGACUUACAGAACAUAACUCCAACAUAUUUCAAAAUUGAAGUCAAAGAUGAGCCGGACGAGAUAAAUUUCAUAAAAUCCGAGUCAAUUUCAUUUGACGACAGCAUUUCCCAAUAUAUAGUUAGAGGUAGUUUUAUCGAUGAUCAAUUUGUCAUUCCAUCAACAUCGCAUGACUUUAGUAUGUUGAUUGAGGAGGUGAAGCAUGAGCCGGAAGAGAUUUUGCAAGACUUGAUAUUGCCUGAGGUGGAGGAGAUUGAAGAGAUUGAGGAGAUUAGUGAGAUACAAGAGAUUGAGGCAGAUAAUGAAGGAUUUGAGAUAAUUGAGGAGCAAGCGAUUGCAUAUGAAGUCAAAAGGAAUGCACAAGGUGAACUUGAGUGUCCAAUAUGCUUAGCAAUCUUUAAAAUUGGAGCAAAUCUUGAGCGUCACAUUCAAAUUCAUGAUAAAAAGUUUGUCUUUAAUCUGACAAAGACAAAUGAUGUCCAAACAAAUUAUACGGAAGCAGCAGCAACGACAGCCAAAGCAAUGCUUCCAUCCUAUCCAUGCGAAUAUUGUAAUGAAGUAUCAAUGAGUUCUAUUAACGAAGAUCAAAAUAAUAUAACAGCUUGGAAUGAUGAAGCUAAAGCUGCUUUUUCUGAUUUUAAAAAAAAAAGGAGAAACCUUCCAUCACCUAGUGAUGUCGACAGUUCUCGUCAUGUGAACAAGAAGUACAAGAAUACUAAUUUCAGCAAUGUACAUUUCAAUAGCAGAAUGAGUAACCGGCAUCUACUGGUAGACAGAAAUCGUGCAUUAUUUGCCGAGCAUAAUGACCCAUUCGUCUCUGUUGAUAAUAAUGUCAAAAGUUCCACGUUGUCUGAGAAUUUUGUGAGCAUGGAUGUUAGUGAACUUGAAUCUGACAAAACGGAAGUAGCAUGCGAUGAAAUUAAUAAGAAUAUUGCACAGUUGCGUGAUAUGAUAGCCAAAAGAGAGGAUCCUUAUGCAAUUCUAGACAAAAUUGCUCAACAAAUGGCGGAUACACAUAAAAAUAAUCAAGUUCAAUUUAGCAAAGUAGCUGCGGACUGCGCCAGAUAUGCUACUCGUCAAAAUGAUCAAUUAGUCGCACUGGAAAAUCGGAUCAUGGCUGAAAUCUCUAAGGUUCAUCAACUAAGUGAAGAUAGACUUAAUGCAAUUGAAUUCUCACAGAAAUGCUCAGCACAAAACAAUAUUGUUUGGCUUAGUUUUGCUGACUCCACUGAAAUUGAGGCUCUCAGAAUCAAAACUAAGUCUGAAUUGAUACGAGAGGCAGUGAAAAUCCUCUCCAGGAUGGAUAUCUGGAACAGCAUGAAUAACAGGACAAUAGUUGAUGCAUUCACUCAAAAAGUAUCAGUUAAAACAGGGAAAGGCUUUGAAAAUGAAAUGAUUAUGGGAAUAAAAUUCCUGAACUCAUUUACAGCUCGUGAUGUCAAGAGAUUGGCAGCUCAAUAUGCAAAAAAGCAGUUUAUGUCAAAGAAUUUUGAUGCUAUUCGCUACAUUGUCAGGGAUAACUGGAGUGCUGAAGUUUGGAAAAUACUCCGAGUUUGUUAUGACCUCACACGUAUUAAAUUAAUAGAUAGAGCUCUAGUUAGUGACGCAGGUAUACAGGUAUAUUACAAAAAAAAAGUGACUGAUCAAAAUGGAAUCGAAGAAGAAAAAAACUUAAGAGCUCUGAUUAGAUUGGAAUCUGAUUUGGAUGAACUAAGAGUCGAUGUAAAUGAUGUUGGUCUUGCUAUUCCAACAUUUCAAAUCUACAAUGGUGAUUACUUCAAGAUGAACUUUGAUGCGAGAAGUAGCUAUAGAAUGUCCAUUGAUGGAUCAAAUAAUGCCAACAGCAUCGAACCUCAAGUACAAACAGCGGCCACAACGUCAGAUUGCUGA